UUUUAUCCCGUUUAGUAGGCCUAGCCGUUCUCACAAGGAUUGAGCUUCGAAUUUUCUCCCUCACAUCGAAGCUUAAAAUCAUUCUUUUGUCAAUUUACACUUGGAAAGAUCUGACCUAAAUUAAUUUGAUUCUGUGGAGUACUCGAGUUGAGCAAAAAGCUUAUUCUGUUCAGAUUGGAAAGAUUUUGGCAUGGAUCCAGAAGCUGCAAAGACCGCGCGAGAAUCGCUGGAAUUAGCUUUUCAAAUGUCAAACGUUUUGGACACUGGGCUCGAUCGACACAUGCUUUCAGUACUCAUUGCCUUGUGUGAUUUGGGUUUAAAUCCCGAGGCUUUGGCUGCUGUUGUAAAAGAACUCGGAAGAGAAGACUCUUGCCCACCACCAACCCCUACUGCUCCAUCUGCUCCUUAAAACAGUGAAAGGAUUUAAUACUUGUGAAGACUUAGAAAACAAAGACAAGUUUCUGUUGAUAAGGAAAGUUAAUUUGGAUCUGUUUGUACUGCAUUGAGACUUGAAGCUAUCCAUGACAUAAACUAGUUCAUCUCUAGCAAACUCCAUCUGAAGCUAAUUUGUCCUUGACAUAAUUAUAAAAGAAGUUCCUCGCCACAUUUGAAUUAGUCAUAAUAUUUGAUGUUUGUAUACUACAAUCAAAAGCGUAGCUUUUAUCUGCAUCAAAAAGUUCUUUGCCUCUCAGAGUCAGCGAUUCUUUUCUUUCCAACCUCUUCAUUCUUCUCCUUUGUGUGGAUUGCCAAUUGACAUAGCCUAAGCCAACUCUUGCUAUCCUGUUGACUUGCUCUCAUUCUUGCAUCUGGAGCUCUCUCUUGCUCUCAUCUCUGUUUUCAUCUUUUCUCUUUCGCUCUCACCUCUGCUUGCUCCCUUCUCUGUUUUCAUUCUCGUUCACACUUGUUCUCCCCUGUCGUUGGCUCUCGGCGAACACAGAAGAAGAACACUAACAGUCACUAGCUCCAACGAACACAGAAAAACCGAAACUGUUGCUGGCUCUCGUCGGUUGGCGAACACAGAAAAACGACUAUGGUCUAUGUUUUAUUGUCUCCAAGGUAGUCAUUGCUUGGGAUUGCAUUUCCAUUUCUUAAGAGUUUCAUAUACUCAAAGAAAUAAAGUUAUUGAGUUGUAAUUUGUGGAUGUGAUGCUAGAUUUAUAAUUUGUGGAUUUGUAAUUAUAUUCUUGAGUUGUGAUUUAAGAUUUUGUAAUUUGUAGAUGUGGAUGUGAAUGCUAGAUUUGUAAUUUGUGGAUUUAUAAUUAAAUUCUUGAGUUGUGAUUUGAGAUUUUAUAAUUUCUUGAAGAAAUUUUUUGAGAGUUACUCUAUGGAUGGUCUGAAUUUGUAAUUUCUGAGAUUUUAUUAAUUUUUUGUUUAAUAUGCAUGUAGUGGAAACAAUUCAUUGAAUCCGGAUUCUUCCUUUCUCUAAAUGAAAGGGAAGAAACCGAAUGGCUGAACUAAAUCGAACUGAAAAAAUUGGUUUGAUUCAAUUAAGUUCUUUCAUUAAAUCGGUUCAAUUUGAUUUUUAUAAUUUUAAUAAAUAGGUUUUUAGUUUAAUCGGUAAACCAAAUCAACCCAAUACUCACCUUUAGUUUCCACCUAAGGAAUAAGUGGUAUUCUAUUGUUAUCAAUAUUGAGAAUUAGGAAUCUCUUUCCUAAAAGAUAUAAUUUGGCAAAAAGUUUAAAUUUGCUUUUGAACUAUACAACAGGAGCAAAAAAUGCUAAAAAUCAUCUUCUAGUGUGUUCUCCUCAGUCAAUUUGACCUUAUUUGGCCUUUUUAAAAUAAUUUAGGAAUAAAUUUAGACCGACUUAUGGUUCGGGGAUAAAUUUGAUUUUUUAGCCGAUAUUAUACCUUGUUCUUGAUGAUCCUAAUGGUAUAGUUUUAGAUAAAUUCUGAUGGAAAAUUUUAGAUGACGUGGUUUAUUCAAGAGAGAAGGUAGUACCCUAUGGUAAUUUAGUAUCUGCUGACAAUAUUGAUCUUAAUCGAGUAUUUAUGACUUCUCUCAUUUCAAAAGUUAUCUUCCAGCAGUUAGACAUUUUCUUUCCCUUUAAAAAUCAGUAACUAGCACAAGAGAUCAGAUUACGUGAUACUCUGUGUUAUGUCCACUCUAUAACCUGGAGAUCAAUGAUUGAUCCGUCUUAGGCUUCAUGUUUUGCUUCUGAAGUUGUCAUUAAAAUUUAACUGAAUCUACUUCUAUUGUCCCCGGAAUUUGGAAAUAUGGAUAGUUGUGUCGGCUGUCGAAGGCCCAACUUUACUAAUCCAUCGUCUAGUGUCCUAGUUCCAAAUGGCCUCCUUCAAAUUUUAAAUAGAUAUAGUAGAAUUUUAUUUCAUUUUAUUUUUAUUUCUUUUGUUCACAGGCUCCUUCAGUACCUUUAGUUUGUGACUUAUUUAUUGUGAUUUAAGUUGUUUUUGGUAUUUAUUUUUGUCUUAGAUGUCUGUAACUAUAAGUUAUUAU